GGGCCGGCCGGCGGGGCGCGGGGCCGGGCGGGGGGAGCGGCUCUCCGGCCCCGCCGCCGCCGCCGCAUCCCCGCCGCAGCGGAAGCCGCACCCCCCCGCCGCCGGGGCCGGCCGGGCGCAGCCCCCCGGCGCAUCCCGCCCCCGCCGGGCCCCUGAUUGGCGCCGGCGGCCUCGGCUCCCCCCCGCGCCCCGCUCCUCGUCCCGCCGCCGCCAUGAACCCGCUCUUCGGCCCCAACCUCUUCCUCCUGCCGCAGGAGCAGCAGGGGCUGCCGGGCCCCGAGCCGCCGCCGCCGCCCGCCCCGCGCCCCGCCGAGGCCCUGGGGGGAGAUCUGGCCGCCCCGCCGCCCGCCGGCCCGUUCCCCGCGCCGCCCGCCGCCAUGGCCCUCCGCAACGACCUGGGCUCCAACAUCAGCGUCCUGAAGACGCUGAACCUGCGGUUCCGCUGCUUCCUGGCCAAAGUCCACGAGUUGGAGCGGCGCAACCGGCAGCUGGAGAAGCAGCUGCAGCAGGCGCUGGAGGAGGGGGCCGGCGGCGGGGGGAGCCGGGGCCGCGGACCACCGCGCCGCGAUCAGGCGGUGCAGACCGGCUUCGUCGGCCCCAUCCGCACCCUGGGGCUGGGGCUGGGGCUGGGACCGGCCCGGGCGCUGGGUUCCCCCGGCUGCCGCCCCGGUGCCCCCGCCCAGCCGCCUCCUACUUUCCCGGCCGCCUCCCGCUUCAUGCCCGGCACCAUAUGGUCCUUCUCGCAAGCCCGGCGGCUGGGCCCGGGGCCGGAGACAACCCUGGUGCAAGGACCGGGGGUCUCCUGGGUCCACCCGGACGGGGUGGGCGUCCAGAUCGACACCAUCACCCCGGAGAUCCGGGCCCUCUACAACGUGCUGGCCAAGGUGAAGAGGGAGCGUGACGAGUACAAGCGCAGAUGGGAAGAGGAGUACACGGUGCGUGUCCAGCUUCAGGACCGAGUGACUGAGCUGCAGGAGGAAGCCCAGGAGGCUGAAGCCUGCCAGGAGGAGCUGGCCAUGAAGGUGGAGCAGCUCAAGGCAGAGCUUGUUGUCUUCAAGGGACUGAUGAGCAAUAACAUCACGGAGCUGGACACCAAGAUCCAGGAGAAGGCCAUGAAGGUGGACAUGGACAUCUGCCGACGCAUCGACAUCACUGCCAAGCUGUGCGACGUGGCACAGCAGCGGAACUGCGAGGACAUGAUCAAGAUGUUUCAGUCUCUGCACUUGUCUCCCGUUAAGGUCCCAGCCUCCGUGGGGCGGAAGCGGGAGCGCAAGCAGGUCAGUGACGAAGACACCUCGCUGUCAGAGAGCGAUGCCUCCCGAAAACCUGAUGAGGAAGAGGAGGACGAGACCACAGCCAUGAGUAUCAAUGAGGAAAUGCAGAGGAUGCUGAACCAGCUGCGGGAAUAUGACUUUGAAGAUGACUGUGACAGCCUCACAUGGGAGGAAACAGAAGAAACACUGCUCCUCUGGGAGGACUUCUCCGGAUAUGCCAUUGCAGCCGCAGAGGUGCAGGGGGAGCAGGAUGACAGCCUGGAGAAGGUGAUCAAGGACACCGAGUCACUGUUCAAGAGCCGUGAGAAGGAGUACCAAGAAACCAUCGACCAAAUAGAGCUGGAGCUGGCCACGGCCAAGAACGAUAUGAACCGGCACCUGCACGAGUACAUGGAAAUGUGCAGCAUGAAGCGAGGCUUGGACGUGCAGAUGGAGACUUGCCGGCGGCUCAUCACCCAGUCUGGGGACAGAAAGUCUCCUGCCUUCACCCCGGCCUCCAACAGCGAGUCGGCCCCAAACGAGGAGAGUGAGGAGUCUGACCGUGACCACCCCAGCGAUGCUUCCAUCAGAUAAUGAGGGGAGGCCCCACUCCCUUGGACCCCCUUCCUGGCACGGGGGUGCCUGAGCCGCGCCUGGGAGAGACUGUCAGGCACGUGGAGCUGCUGGUAAACGUCUGUCACCGAGGCUCACUCCCGUUUUGGGGUGCUUGGCAGAUCCUGCACCCCCCCCGCCACCAGAUAUCUUGCAAAUGGGAAUAGCUAAAUAGACCUGAGGGCCCUCACCUGGGCCACUCAGCCUCCAGCCCCUUCUCUAUUCCCUUCCCCUGCUUUGGUUAAACUGCAGUUUGGGCGGGGAGGCUCCAAACCUGCCACGGUGGCAUACUCCAGGACCUGUCCCCAGCCCCCCCACCCCCCAGCCCCACCUCCUCCAUCCUGGUACGCUUGACUUGCCCCCUGCCCUCCCUGCACCACGCGGAAGCCAAACGAGAGCCGUAUCUCCUUGCAAACUGGACCUGACACUGGUGCCAACUGGACCGAGCCCGGGGCUCUCUCCGUCCUUGCUGCUGGCCGGGCGCCCGGCUGGUCCCUGCACUGCGCCGGGCACCCCGACCCCCCCCCCCCACCUCCUCCAGGGUGGGGGCCGAGUCCCGCUCACCGUGCACUUUGCUUUGCCGCGUGUCGGCGGUGCGCUCGUGUCUGUGUUACAGGAGCGAGGGGUCAUUAAAUGGGACAGUUUCCUUUUCUACAGCUUCGCUGGGUGUGGGCUCUCCCUGUGCUGCCGCGGGCACCACGCGGCUUGAGGUGAGGGGUGUCCUUUGUGGGACCUCCAAGCCCACAUCAGUGGGGGCCUCCCGUGGGACACUCCUGUUCCUUGGAUGUGCCAGUGGGACUGGCACAGGGGACAGUGGUGAGAUCCCUGUUCUGGGAGCCACUGGCCCUCGAUGGGCCGUGUGUAGCGCCAGUGCUGCGUGGGCUGCCUUGUUCUUAACCUUGGAGCAUCAUCGACGCUGAGUCAAAGGGAUUGGCGAGGUCUCAGCUCCUGUGGGGUAAAUGGAGCCAAACGUGGCUCAUGCCUUGUGCACCUUCCUCUCUCAGAGCCUGGCCUCCUUUGCCAUGUCAGCUUUUUACCAGGGCAUGUCAGAGCAUCUUCUUUCCUGCCCUCAGUCCUGCGUCCAACCUCAGCGUAACUGCAGUGGGGGUUCCUCUGUCCCAGCAUCUCUUGUAGCAUUUGCCUGGCUGGCCAUUGCACAUGCCUCUCUGGUGAUGGGAGGCUGGGUGGCGGAGUGGGGGUGAGCAGCCUGCUGAGAGGCAGUGUUUUGCAGGGCUGUCUGCUGAGCAGUGGACCUGGGCUGCACUGCCAAGGCAGGUGAAGCUCCAGAGCAAGCUGCUUCUCACAGGGAGUCCUGAAGGGAGGAAAAGUAGAUGGCAGCAGAGUUUUUGGAUUAUCUCUAAGCUUAGGUAACGUAGAUAAAAUGAGGGCUGGGGGGAUGCAAAAGUUUCUCUCUGUAGGUUUGGCUUGGGUAGCUAACGCUGCCGUACGCGUGAGCUGUGAGCACUGCUCGGUGUUUGGGCAGGGUGAGGUCCUCUGUGUGUGCCUGCAAGACACGUUAAGGCAUGUGUUGGCGUUUCAGCAUGGGCUAAGCUGGCUGGCUAGAGCCGGCUGGUGGCUGCAGGGAGGCGAGGCCCUGCAAAUGGCAGGAGAAGUUAGCAGUCGAGGAAACCCCCCAGCCAGGGCGCAGCUGGGGCACCGCUGCUGUCGCAGGGAAAUGGCAGUUCGUCAGCCAGUGGUCUGCUGUGGCUGGGCUCUGACUCACAAGCGCUGUCUUUGCCUCUCACGGGUAAGCCGGGAGAGUGUUUCACGGGAGCAGCAGGGUGCUGAGUAGCAGCAGAGGUGUGCUCCAUCCCCUCGGCAGCAUGGGGCUGUGGAGGCAGACGGGAGGUGUGCGUCUUGGUGCCUGCCCUGAGACAGGGCCUUCGCCACAGGCCUCACCUCCAUGCUGCCUUGCCUGUUUCCCUUUCUUUCCCCCUUUCCUAUUUAUUUUUCUUCCUAAAAGAGCAAAAGCCAGAGAAAGUGUUUUAAUCUGGGCUUUUUCUUUCAAGUGAUGAUGCCUCACACACAGUAGCUCAGGGAUCACUAUUUAUCCUGCCUGAAGGCUCUUCUAGUUAAUGCAAAUCCCCUUUCCCAUACAUGUCUCUGCAGCAUAUUAUGCCCUUUCACUUCUGUGGAGAUCUCCGUGAGUGGCUGGCUAAGUCUGGCUUUCCCCGUGCAUAGUCCACGACAUGUGUAUCUUGGCCCACAGGACUGUAGAGCACGUACCCUGAGAUUUCUGGCAUGAAGCACAGGACCAACAUCUCAAGCACUCAUUGCCCAGAGGAGCAGCUGGUGCUGCCAGAUGCCCGUGUACCAGGAUACGUGGGGACCCCAGUCCCACUCAGCUUGUCAGAACUUCCUUUGCAGAGAAACUGAGAUCUCUCCCAACCGUGCGUGCAAGAUGCUGUUCUCUGGUGAAUUGGCUCUGUUCUCCCACCAGUGUGACAGCCCCUGAGAUCUCACUGGCAGGACAUGCAAUGCUGAUCCUUUACCUCAGCAAUUUCUUGGCAUGGGAAGCACAGCCCAAGGCCUCCAGUGUUAGCUGGACUGUUUCCCCUGCAUCUGCAUGUCCAUCAGUGGUGACCCUGUAUCUUUGAUGUGGAGAUGUGGAGCUUCCAUUUAUUUAACUCUUUGUGGGCUCCCCUCCAUUCUUUGGAGAGUGUAUAGCCUGCUUUUCUCCACCAUGAAUCCUGCUGGGAACUGUGAUGUCUAGGAACUGUUCAGUACUAUGUUGCUUCUCACUUCCCUAACCUCAUCCCUUUUCCAGGAUACCUCUCAGCAGCGCCUGCUCAGGAAGCAAUACCAGAAGAAAUUGUCUAGUGAAAAAUUGUCAUGGCUGCUUGAUCUUUCUGAGCACCUGUUGGUCUGUAUUCAUCUUACAGGGAAUAAUUAGGCACCUCAUUUACCCAUAGACCACAACCCAUUCAAAGAUCUUUGCUUGGCUUAAACUUUCUCAGAGUCUUGAUUGCUGGGGCAGCUUGGCCGCGGAUGGAAGGGGCCUUUUUCUAUUCUUGACCCAGAUGAUGAGUUGAUGAAAUGAACUUUGGAGGAGGGAGUCAGUUGCUUUUUUCAGCUGACUGUGCUCACCCAUAAGCAUGUUGCAGCUGAGCCUAGUGUGGUCCUUCUAGUGCACUAGAGCAGCCCUUGGCAUGCCCUGUCUCACUCAAUGUCCAUGCAUUAAGGGGAAUGUUUAUUGCCCAAGUACAGUCCAAGCAUGACUGUGUCUUACUGAAUAGGGUCCCAUGGCAGGAUGCAUCUGGGAGUCCCUCUGUCAGCAUCCAUCUCAGGAUUUUUCAGAUGUGGCUGCUGUCUGGUCACCUCUGUGAACAUCUGUCCAAACCAUCGUUUGAGGAUCAUGUCUCUGGGUUGGCAGUGAAGUCCUCCCAUUGAAUAUUUAGGCAGCCUAAUUCAGCUUCCCCACCCUUCAGAAGUCCAUGUUGAUGGAGACUUACUUGGGCAGCCUGGGAACGUGCUAGUGAUUGCUCAGUCAGCCUUUGAGCUGGGGUUAGAGAGGCAGCUCUCUGCCAUGGCAGCUGUGCUCCAUGCUCCCUGUGCUGAGAUCAGCCUCUUGGCAAGGGACUUCAGCAGAUGGAGCCAGGCAUUUUGCAGAUGUGAGCCCUGGCUCCCCGCUGAAUGCGUUCCUGAUCAUGUGGCAUGCAGAGUGGCCUCCCCUGCCCCUUCCCUAGUGAAGUUCCCUAGAACUCAGCUGAGAGGUGAGCUCUCAUCCUCAGAGACCCUGUCUGGCAAGGUAGCUCUGAGACCAGGCCCACUGAGUUUCUUGAUGAAGACUUCCAGAUUUUCUCACAGGGCAGGGACCAUCGCCCUCCUUGCACCUCACCACAUCGAUGUGGGAUGUUCUUACUGGCUCUAGAGAGGGUUCAGUCAACCUAACCACUACAUAGCCUAGAUCUUCUUCCCUGUGUUAAGCAAGCCUGCUCCCUCCCUUCACUCAUUCCUGGAUCCCAUCUAUUUUGGAUCGUAUCUCAGAACUGAGUCUGACUUGUCGGUUUGUUCAGUUAAGGUCCUAUAUUUUUCACCCAGCACCCUUCUGCUGAAGGCACUUUGUCACCUGUCCCACAUGACUGGGCUUUGUGUGAGUUAGCUUUUCCCCAUUUUAGGAUUCCUUAGAUCUACCUAAAUGUGAUGCUGACAGGUUUGCUGUAGCAACUUUUGAUUCCCUGGUAAUCUGUUUAUUAUUCUGUUUCUCUUUUUUCUUAGCCAAGAGGUCAGAGAGAUCAAAGCUGCAUAGAAAGUUGUUCAUUUUUUUUUCUAGACUUGAGCUGGGAGACUGGCUUUCUGAAGCCUCGUACCUUUGCUACAAAAGCUUCGUUUGUUCUCGAGAGGGCCAUGUUCUCGAUAUGUUUAUGGUUGUUGCUAUCUCAGGUACCUGUGGCACAGAGUGUCCCAGAACUUGCAGAUGAUGAUCAAGUAUGUCAAAUAUUCUAUGGUAAGAAACCUCCUUUUGAGGUCAGAAUUAACACAGAACACAGUGGAGUGCUGUUUCCUUGGAGAUGCAUCUGGAUGAUGUAUGGACAGGCUUGUGAAGACAUCUGGCCAGCCCUUAUGCAUAGUGAUUGAUGCUGGGAGCAAUAGUAAGACAGCAUGGAGAACUGGAUGGGCUACAGACAGCUUUUGGGAAGCCCAGUCACCAUUGAAAAGUUUCCAGUGUGUGUAUGAGACUGUGAGACGUGCUUUAGAUGUAAAUUUUCUAAAUGCUUGGGACACUUUCUCUUGGGACAGGAACAAGGAAAGGAUGCUGUAGGUCCUCUAGCAAAGGAGGUACAGAUUUCAUAGCUUGGAGAGUAGCUGUAAGAGUUGGGAAGGUACUAAGGUAAUGCUAUGGAAAAGGAGCUCAAGCGGCUGCUAAAAGACAUCAUGCUCAAGCUGAGCCAGUAUCACAACAAAUGGGAAGAGGCAGCAUUUUCGACUGCAUCUGGGCAAGGUGCAACAGAAAGUACAAAUUCUCAGGGUAGGAAGAAAUCUGGUUAAUGAACUUUUUUUUUUUUUUAUGCUCACAGCCACAUUGUAGAACUGCUAGCUCACCACCUUGGUAAAGGUGGCAUAGGCAAGAGCAAUUGUGAGUUUGGGUUGCACACUGUGCUAAAAAAAAAAAAAAAAAAAAAAAAAUCAUAUUCACUCUAGAGACAGCAAAACAACAUGAUCUGACACCAAAUUUUGUGUUCAGGGUCUUUUAUAUACUCCUGAAUCACCAAGCAAAACACAUCAAUCUAUUUCUGAAGUACCUCUCUGCUUUGUGCAAAAAGGAAAAUUAUGUUGUCAUGGGAGACUUUGGCUGGGGAUACCGAAUAAUAUGCUAUGCUGUGGAGAGUUUCUCAUCAAUUUACAGAUGAUGGCAUGCCCAAGUAAGGCAAUGAUUUUAGAUGUCCUUAUGACAGAUGAAGACUGAGUUAGAAUUGAUGGUUGCCUAAAGACAAGGGAUCAACUGAGAAACAAAUGAAGACAUCACCCAGGACAAAAAUGCCGUAACAGAAAACUGCAUGUAGCCUUUUCUCACAGUGAAAUUGUUUAGGAGAAGUAUUAAAAAAAAAUUAUUAAGUGGGAGAUCUGUGGAAAGAAGAGAGUAUUUCCAGUUAUCCAAAAAGCUAUGAUAUAGUAUGCAUGAGAAGAUAGCUUUCAGUAAAGUACUUCCUUGAGUAAGCGGCCAUAUGACAAUAGUACUUAGAAAUAAGGAUAAUUAAUAAAAAUAAUAAUAAAGCCUGACCUUAAUUAAUAAAAAUAAACCUUGUAACCACUACAGUGACUGUGGGUGGGGAAAGAGGAAUAGAGGGACAACAAAAUAAUCGAGAUGUAUGAAAAAAGGUUAUAUGAGUAGCUGAACAUAUCCAGCUAUCAUAAUUUUUUUCUUGAGGUCUAAGUUCACCAAUAAAUCAUUCUAGUUACAGUUAAAGGAAAAAUCAAUUCUAGCAGUAAUAUAAACCUUUUUUCUUGACUGAAAUUGGAAAAAAAAAAUAUCAAAAUGAGGCAAAAAAGGAGAAGUACUCACCAGAUAUGUCUGUACU